UGUAAAAGUAGCUGGUAGUCCCUAAUACAUCACAAUGUUGUGCAUUCAACAAAAAGAUUUAAAAUCCUAAAAACCGGUAUAGAUCUAAAUGAUCAUUAUGUUUUUACAUUGAUUCUUUACUGUUUCCAUGAAAACAUAAAACCUCUUUACUUUAAAGGAUCCAUAUAUUUUGUUUCUCAGUAGGUGUCAAAAAGAGAAAUUUGAGUUGAUUCUAGAGAUGGUUUCCAUUAAUUGUAAUUAACCUCUCAUAUUUUUAUAUUGACAAGCAUACACUGUUUGUCUCCAACCUCCUGCACAUCACAAUGAAAGCAUACUGACUUCAGGUCCUGUAUACCUUCCCUUUAUUUAAUUAAUGUGUAGAAAUGCGGAGUUUAGUUAUACUCUUCCUUUGAUCAAAGUUAUUAGCUCACCUGAAUAAGCUUUCUGAUCGCCUGUUGUCUACUGUCUGUCUGUAAACUUUUUACAUUUUCAACUUCUCCAGAAUCACAGGGCCAAUUUCAACCAAACUUGGCAAAAAGCAUACUUUGGUGAAGGACUUUCAAGGUUCAUGCACCAUUCAAAGGGGAGAUAAUCACAAAAAUGCAAAAAUAGGGUGGGGUUAUUUAAAAAUCUUCUCAUCAAAAACCACAAGGACAGAAAAGCUGAUAUUGACAUGAAAGCUUUCUGACAUAGUGCAGAUUCAAGUUUGUUAAAACCAUGACCCCUGUGUGGGGUGGGGCCACAAUAGGGGAUCAAAAUCUUUGAAAAUGUUCUUCUCGAGAACCUCUGGGCAAGGAAAGUACAAAUUUUCAUGAAAGCUUCCUGACAUAGUGUAGAUUCAAGUUUAUUAAAAACAUGACCCCAGGGUAUGAUUGGGCCACAUCGCGCCAGGGUGGUGGAGCAGUACCUUCAGCAGGAGAUGAUUGUACAUAUGGACUGGCCAGCGCGCUCGCAGGACUUGAACCCGAUUGAGCAUGUAUGGAACAUGCUGUAGGUUGCCCUUUCACGCCGUAGAGCACAACCCACGACAUGGCAACCCUCAGCUCAACAGGGACGUGUAUGUGUUUGUGGGCAGAAGUUUCCUUAACUCACCAGCCCAUCAUUACCUGCUAGUGGAGGCUGAACACUUUUAUAAACAUUGCUGGAGUGUAGCAAUCAGUGGGAAUCCUCAUCUACCCUAUGAAGAGUCAGAGAACUUCCUGAGCCUAAUUGUGAUGGUGGCACCCUGGCCACAGGGGCAUUUCCUGUCCCUUAAAAAGAGAAGGAGGUUACCUUACAAUCUGAUCCAUAUCUGGAGACAGUGUUUGGAUAAAGGUUACUGGAGAAGCCUGGCUGAUUGACGAGAAUAAAUUUCCUGAGACUCUGGCAUAUUGUAGGACUUGGAGAGCUCUCUUGCUGUAGAAAAUGUCAGGAACUGUGGAGUGUUGUGACCUUGUUGGUGGUAAACAGAAGACUGUGACCUUGAAUCUGAAGAUCUGUGAUGGAGGAUGUUUGGGGUCACUGCUACAAUACUAUAAAUCUAAGU